AUGAAUGCAGUGAAGAAGCUGUAUAAAGGUGCUGCAACUGUGGAUCCCAGCACAGAGUUAACUAUGGAGGAUGUGAGCUUCAGAGCUCAGACUGACCCAAACCCUGAUCACCGCAGGUCUGAAGCUCUAACGUCCUCAAGCUGCGGCCCAGAGAGCAGAGACCCGCUGGAUGGUGAUCCACUCUCCUUCCCAAACUCACAUAACGCUGAAAAAGUCAUAGUGCUGCAUGGAGAUGAUCAGGAGAACAAACACCCAGACGCUGAGCACCCUGGGAGAAUCCACGUGGUUCCGAUCCACCACCGUCUGGACCUGCUGGUUCCCUGCGCAGACCUGGUCAACUCUGAAUGGCAGAGGAGCCAGGCAGCCCGGGUCCACUCCCUGCAGAAGUCCUGCUCAGAGUUCCCUGUCUGCCUGAUUCUCCUGACGGGCUCCAGAGGGCCACAGGAGAGGCUCCUGGGACACGCCCGUCUUUCCCGGGUCGUGGGUCACAGCAGCAGCCUGUUUGUGGAGUCGGUAGUCGUGUCCAAACAGGAGCGGGGGAAGGGCUACGGCCGGAUUCUGAUGGAGGAGACUGAGCUCUACGCUAAACGCAGAGGCUUCAAGCGUCUCUGCCUGACGACUCAAGACAAGCAGCACUUCUACGCCCACCUUGGCUAUGUCCUCUCCACGCCGGUGCAGAGCGCUGGGGCUGUGAUGGCGCUCCUUCCUGAGGGGAUGCUGCAGAGACUUUCCAGAGCGGCAAACAAGGAGACAAACCCUGGAGGACAAACUCUGACAAAAAUUGAAGACUCAGAAGGUGCUCCUGUUUUAGGGUCACCUCCACCUUCUAGUUUACAACUCCCUCCAUGCCCUCCUCCCCCACCUCCUCCUCCUCCCCUUCUGUCUGCAGGACGGCCUUUAGUUCAGACUUUAACAGAAACUCCCUACAGAGACGCCAGAGGAGCUCCCAUCUUCUGGAUGCACAAGGACAUUUGA